UUAUCAUAUCUCUAAAAAGAAAAGCUUUCACAUAUAUUUAUCUCCCUACAUCAAUUCCCCCAUAUGUUUUUUAUUAAAUUAAAAAAACCUGGGAAAAGAGUUGGAUCUGAGAAUGUGUGUUUUUUGGUGCAAAUGAAGAAUCUUGAAUCGUAAACACACUUUCUUUUUGUGGCUUCAAGAACUUGAUGAGGCUUGCGAACAACUACAAUGGAAGUGUGAUGGAGGAUGAUGAUGAGACGAGAGGGGUUUUGUUAAGGUGUUUGAGUCUGUACAGUCGGGGUGGAGGGUGCAAGGUUGGAGCCACAACUAGUGACGAGUUUGGUGAAACCGUUGGUAAAGGGUACAAACCUGUGUGUGGGACCCAAAACACAAGUGUUGAUUGUUUCUCGUAUGGAGUUGAGAGGUUUUGGAAGAAUAAUAAUAAAAAGAAGAAUUUUGAACUCCAAGACCCACAUCGAAAUAACAACAGGAUGCAUGUGUUUCUUCCUGAUGAUAUUCUUGAGACGUGUUUAGUGAGACUUCCGUUAACGAGCCUAAUGAACUGCCGGCUUGUGUGCAAAAAAUGGAGAUCAUUGACUUCCACAACGCGUUUUAUGCAAAUGAGAUGUGAUGGGCAUUAUCCAAGCCCAUGGUUGUUUCUGUUUGGGACUGUUAAAGAUGGUUUAAGCUCUCGUGAGAUAUACGCUUUUGAUGUAUCUUUCAACAAAUGGCAUAAAGUUGAGGCCGGAAUUUUGAAAGAUCGGUUUUUAUUCUCGGUGACCACUGUCUAUGACAACAUUUUUAUUGUUGGAGGUUGUUCAAACCCUGGUAGAAUGGACCGAAGUUCUAGCAAAACACAUAGAGGAGUCUUACUUUUUUGCCCUUCAACAAAAUCUUGGCACAAGGUUGCAUCAAUGAAACAUGCAAGAUCAAAGCCAGUUCUUGGAGUAUAUGAAGUUACCUCUGAUAAUCUGGCGAUCAAAAGUCAACACAAUCAUUUUCCCCGGACACGAACACGCAACAGUGGAGUAUCAGAUGUCUAUGAGGAUCCACAUAGACUUUCCCUUAGGCGUCUAUCACGACACUCUAUCGAUCAUCAAAAGUCAACACAAACAAAAGUAAACACAGGUAUAAAAUGCCGUCAGCGGUUCCUGAUACUUGCCGUAGGUGGGGUCGGUUCAUGGGACGAGUCUUUAGAUUCAUGCGAGAUCUAUGAUUCUUCAUCAAACAGAUGGACGGAAAUCCAAAGGCUCCCAGCUGAUUUAGGGGUCAUCUGUUCUGCAGUAGUUUGUAACGGGGUUUUUUAUGUGUACUCCGAGGGUGACAAACUCGCAGCAUAUGACAUUGUUCAUGGUUACUGGGUUCGGGUCCAAACAACUCCACCACCACCAUGCAUUCACGGGUACUCCCCGAGACUCGUGUCAUGUGAUGACUACAGAUUGUUUAUGGUGUCGGUUUCAUGGUGUGAAGGGGAUGGUGAAAUUGGAGGGAGAAAUAAAGCAGUUAGGAAGUUAUGGGAGCUUGAUCUCGUGUACUUGACUUGGAAUGAAGUUUCCGUACAUCCUGAUGCACCCAUGGACUGGAAUUCUGUAUUUGCUGCUGAUAAAAACUUGAUAUUUGGGAUUGAAAUGUUUAAGAUAUUCGGGCAGGUGUUGGAGUUUUUGACAAUGUGUGAUGUCACGGACCCAACGAUGAAUUGGGUUCACCUGUCGAAAAAUCAGGUCGCUCGUGAAAUGGACGUGUCUUCGUGCAUAAUGAAAUCGAUGGCUGUUGUGCAUUUGUAAGUUGGGUUGUUGUGAGCAUUUGUUUUGAUACGAAAUUUAGUAAUUAAUAUUUGAUACUUAAUUUUUCUUUAUGAUCUCGACCGAAAACUUUGGAAUUAUUACUGUUUCGAUUUGAUUCAUGAAGGAAAUUGUAAUCACAACUUUUUGA